AACCCUCUCGUCCUCAAACCUCAAAAACUCUCUAAAGAGAAAAAAAAAAUACUCUCUUUUUAUAUAUAUUCUCUCUUUGUCUCGCUUUACAACUCCAUCCAUGGCCGAUCAUAAUCAAAUCACAACAAUAAUGGAGUCGAAAACCCCACACCCACUUCAGCAAAUAGCCAACACACCAACCCACAAGCUUCUCCUCAAGCAAUGGCUCAAAGAAGAAGAGCUAAUCCUCGGCCGAAUCGCCCUCAAAGAGACCCAAAUCGACUCUGUUCGCAAAGAGAUCACAAUGCUCUACGUCUUCUUCUUCCUCUUCCACUCCAUCUCUCUAAUCCUACUCUUCGACGCCUCGUCUCGCGACCCCGCCGGGGCCCUGGCCUGCCGGAGAUCGUGGAUCCCUUCGCUCUGCUCUCUCCUCUUCUCUCUGGGCCUCAUCUGGGCCGUUCGGUACAAGAGCGAUACAGAGGUUCACUUGGAGAAACUGCUCGAGAGAGAGAAGGAGGAUUGUAAGCUUUUGGCUAAGUGCGUUGAGGAGUUGAAGAAGAAGGGUGUUGAGUUUGAUCUGUUGAAAGAGGUCGAUGCGCUUAGAAGGGCCAAGAGUCUAAGAGUCGAAGCUAAAGCUGUCAGGAAAUGGUCUGCUAGGGACUUUGUUACUCUGUUUUUCUUCAGUGUUUCUUGCUUUGUUUUAGCUAUCACAAGGGCUAUAUUGUGUAAUUAGAUUUUAUAUUUUAAGUGGAUUUAUGGAAAAUAUAAAAUAUUUUCUUGGGGUUCGAUUGGUUUCGUCUCUAUAUAGAUUUGGAUUCAUUGGUUUUGUUUUGCAGAAUGCUCUGUUCUGCUUUUGUAGACAUGAAGGAAAAGAAUUUUUUUGGGCUGAUUUCUUGUAUUGGUACUGAAAUCUUAUUGAAGUGAUUCAGUGGCUUUAA